GGAUGUUUGCCGUGGACCCUGAGUUUGCUGCCGAUGAGAUCGAGCUCUGCCUCGACUUUGAUGGCGCCGUCAUCGUCGACGACGACGACAUCCAUGACGCACCACGUGACGCCGCCUCGUGUAGCAGCCUCGGGGCUGCCAGCGACGACGCUCUUGCACGCGCGAUCGAGCGGCUCAAGCUCGUAGAUGCGUCCGCUCUCUCGACGCUGCUGCAUCGCAUGGACCAGCUAGAGACGGCGGCCACAGCCUCGACGCGUCAGCUUGCGGCGCAGGAGGCGGAGAUGCGCCAUCUUCGACAGUUGUACCACAGUGCAAUCCAAGAAACCGAGCGUCUGGCACAGCAGCAAGCACAGCCCGUUGCCAUGGCGCCGCCUGCGUCGCUGCAGAGCUCGCUCCAAGAAGUGAUGGAAAUGGAUCUCAAGGUGCAUCAGCUGGCCAAGGAGAAAGACCAGCUCGCCUCGGAGAACCAACGCGUGACGUCGCUCUGCGCGCAGUUCCAGCAAGAAGUCAUGUGGAAGACGCUUGACCUCUCGGACAAUGAGCGCAGUCUCCAGCGACUGGAGUGGCAGCUCGCGGCCGAGAAGACCAAGGUCAAUGACAAGACACAGGAGAUUGCCGACUUGCGGGCCAAGGUUGCCGCCCUCGAAGACCAGACGACGACGCUCCUCAAGCACAAGAAGGUGCUCAUCACCGAAGUCAAGUCGCUGCAAAAGUACUCGCAUGUCAAUGUCACGGCGCUCGCCCAAGAUGCGCACGAAGCGCGCAUGGUGCAGAAGAGCCUCGCCGAGAAGCUCGCGAGCGUGCAGCAUGAGCGGGAUGCGCUCCAGGCGUCGCUGCGAGCGCCGCCCUUGCCCGCACAGGCUAGUCUUGUCGCGAUGGACAAGGCUACCUUGCCGUAA